AUGAAUUCGAAACGACGACCAAUACCAUUAGAAGUAUCUAGUUGGAUGGACAAAGAUUUAACAUUAAGAAAAAUAACGGCUAAUUCACGUUUAUUAACAAAUGAUACAAGACAAAAUAUUGUAUUAAGUCGACAAUUUUUUUCCAAUUUAUUAACAUUAUCAUAUGCACGUUAUCGAACAAUUGCACAACAUGAUUUUGAUAAAAAAUUAUUUCUUAGAAAUCAACGCAAUAAAUCAGAAUCAAUGCCAGGUUUUCAUCCAUAUUUGGACCAAUUAACAAGAGGUAUGGAUAGAAAUACACCGUCUCGAACACAAUCAAGUAGAAAAGCUGGUAGUUCAUUACUAUGUCCGUCAGCUCAAUCAUUUCUUUCUCGUUCCGAAACAAAAUCUGAUCCAUCAAUUUAUCGACGACAACAAUCACUAUUUCGACAAAUUAAAACUGCUCAACCGAUGAGAGCUGAAUCAAUGUCACCUCUACCUGAUGUAACACCCGCUAUUAAUUCUGCAGCAACUACUAAUCAACGAACUUCGUCUCGACAACAAAUGUCACGUGAAAGACUUAACCGUUUAGCUCAACCAAAAGGUUAUCGUGCUAGACCAACGAAUAAUACUCAUGUUCGUACAAAUGCGAUUGAAGAACCAACAAUACCAGAAGAUAUUUUUGGUAAAAUUGAACAUGAUGAAUCAGAAUUCGCAUCACAACAAGUACAGCUUAUCUUACCAGAAAAACCUAAAAGUGCAACUGAUGAUGAACGUUUUCGUCAUUUAGUUGGUGUUUUUACUGAAAUACAUCAAGCUCAAACAUCAAAUUUACAAACAGUUAAAAAUAUUGUACAAGCUAAUACAUCAUUACAAGAUGAAGAAGGACACUGGAAAGUAGAACGUCGUUCAGCAAUCAGUCGUAAAGCUGAACUUGAUCAUAAUCGUCAAAUGCUUGCUGAUAAACUUCAUAAUAAACUAGAUGUAUUUUUAAUUGAUGUUGGAGCAUAA